UCUAAUAUCACAUGCAUCCGGUUUGCCUAGAAACAUAGCACCAUUGUUUUAGCGUUAUUAAACGGCGGCAUCUGCGUCUCGAGUAGAUUUGUUGGCGGUAGAUGAGUAAUUUGAGGUAAACGGAAGAGUUUCAAGGAAGAGUGCGCGAGAGCUGCGCGCGCUCAGCAGCAGCAGCAUCAUCAGCACCAGCCUCGAGCUCAAAUCCAGCACAGCUCGCAUCUCAUAGCAUCCUCUCCUCGCAUCCGAACCGAAAAGACAUUUGCAAAAAGUUUGAGGAUCGACUUAACGCUUGAGGAGUCAUCAUUUGGGGAAUGAUGUGGGGUGGAAGAGGAGCAGCCUGGCUGUGGAUCUGGACCUGUUUACUGGUCGUUAAUGUUCUGACCGGAACAAGCUCCAGUCAGAAAGCAGAUGAGCAGAAAGACAACACAACGGUUUUCACCAGGAUUCUGGACAGUCUCCUCGAUGGCUAUGACAACCGUCUGAGGCCUGGGCUUGGAGAACGUGUCACUGAAGUCAAGACUGACAUUUUCGUGACAAGCAUUGGGCCGGUCUCGGACCAUGACAUGGAGUACACCAUAGACGUGUUCUUCAGACAGAGUUGGAAGGAUGAGAGGUUGAAGUUCAAAGGUCCCAUGGCUGUGCUCCGCCUCAACAACCUGAUGGCCAGCAAAAUCUGGACCCCCGACACAUUCUUCCACAACGGCAAGAAGUCUGUUGCCCAUAAUAUGACCAUGCCCAACAAACUGCUCCGAAUCACAGAGGAGGGAACUCUGCUCUACACCAUGAGGCUUACAGUCAGGGCUGAAUGUCCCAUGCACUUAGAGGACUUCCCAAUGGACGCUCAUGCUUGCCCUCUCAAAUUCGGCAGCUAUGCGUACACGAGGGCUGAAGUGGUGUAUAUAUGGACACGAGGGGCGGCGCUGUCAGUGGUCGUGGCAGACGACGGGUCUCGUCUCAACCAGUAUGAUCUAAUGGGACAAUAUGUGGACUCGGGUGUGGUGCAGUCCAGCACUGGAGAAUAUGUUGUCAUGACAACACACUUCCACCUCAAGAGGAAGAUCGGUUACUUUGUCAUCCAGACAUAUUUGCCAUGUAUCAUGACGGUAAUCCUGUCCCAGGUGUCCUUCUGGCUCAACAGAGAAUCUGUCCCUGCCAGAACUGUGUUUGGAGUGACCACUGUUCUGACGAUGACCACCCUGAGUAUCAGCGCCAGAAAUUCUCUCCCCAAGGUGGCCUAUGCCACAGCUAUGGACUGGUUCAUUGCUGUCUGCUACGCUUUUGUCUUCUCUGCUCUUAUUGAGUUUGCCACGGUAAACUACUUCACAAAGAGGGGUUAUGCCUGGGAUGGGAAAAGUGUGGUGCCAGAAAAGCAAAAGAAGAAGAAGGAGUCUUUACUGAAAAAGAACAACACCUACACUGCUGCCACGGCAACAUCUUUUGCUCCAAACAUUGCCAGAGACCCUGGAUUGGCUACUAUUGCUAAAAGUGCCCCCCCUCCCCCAACUGAGCCCAAGGAAGAGCCCAAACCCAAACCACCAGAGGCGAAGAAAACCUUCAACAGCGUGAGCAAGAUCGAUCGGAUUGCCAGAAUAGCCUUCCCGCUGCUCUUCGGAACCUUUAACCUGGUGUACUGGGCAACUUACUUGAAUAAGAAACCCAAAUUACAGGAUGCCCUACAACCCCACUAAUUCUGUUUCCUUUUGCUUUUGCUUUACUUUCUGUUUUGUUUUUCUUUUGUUUCUUUACAGCAACAAAAAGGUGAAAAAAACGAUUUGUCUCGAAUUUGUUUUAAAUAUAGUCAAGUUUCCACUUUCAACUUCGUGUUAACAUGUGUAACAUAUCUUCCUAUAUGAAAAAAGAGACAUUCUGCAUUAUGUACAAACCACUGUAUUAAAAGGGAACUCUAUAUACACACAUACACUGUGGAGCGAAUUCACUAAACAGUUGUGCCACUUUUCCGUACAGUAUUUCAGUGCAAAAACCUGCGUCUUUUCACUAACCAACCGCAAUCCAGUUUAACCAGGCCUUAAAUUUGCAGUAUUUAAGACGUUAUCGUUCUUUUCAGUCCAAACAUGCCUUAUUUCUAUGUAAAUUAGGCUUAUUAUUGAUAUUUACAACUUAUAAAAAACAGCACCAUUAGCUCGGUGCAAUUAACGUUGUGCUAUUACCACUCACGAAAAGAAGGAGGUAAAUGGAAUUGUAUUAACUGUUAAAGAGACGUUUGUGUACCAAUUUGGUGAGACUUAACAUUCAAGAAAUAUUCCGGGGUUCAAUACAAGUUAAGUUCCAGUGAAUGGGGCCAAUUUUUGUAGGGUUUAAAAGGUAGAAAUGUGAAGCUUAUAUUUAAAAAAAAGCACUUAUAUUAAUUUUUUGAGCUUGUAUUAUUUGAGCUGUAAAUUGUUUAAAUCAUUGUUCUUAUGGUUAUUUUAGGGAUUAUGGUGUUACGUAAUCAUGGUAACAAGUUAAUUAAAAAUAAAAUGCUUACUAAUCGUUUCUGUGUAGUUAUAUUUACAGUAAAAUCACAUUAACACAUAUUGUUUAGAUCUUGUGGCUAUACUUUUGAAACUGAGAGAAUUUGAAUGUUUUCAGAUUGGCCCCAUUCACUACCAUUAUAAAUGACUCGCUGUAACCUUGAUUUUCAACUUAUUUUAAAGAAAAAAGGGAGAGUUGAAAUACAUUUUUGUGGUUAUCAACAUUAUGCCACAAAUGAUGUCGAUUGAGCUGAACCCGGGACAUUCAUUUAAUGUUCCCUAUGUUCGAGUUUAUAAAGGGGUUCAUUAAUGACUAAUAAGUCAUUUGCAAAUGCAUUAUAAAUCACUGAUACGUGGUUAUAACAACAUGCAUAAAAUAUGUGACUUUCCUUGCGGUACUUGCCAAAUAGAAAGCUAUUUUACCUCACUUUAUAAAUGCUUAAUAAUAGUUAUACAACAUUAAUAACCUAUUAAAAUGUACCUUUAUUUAAAGUGGACAUGUAUGAGAAUUUGUUAGGGAGUUUCCAACAUUAGAUAUGGUUUAUUGGUCUUCAGGCUUUAUUAUAUUAUACAUGCUGUUUUUGCAGAGGACUUAGGUAACUAGGACUAGUUAAGUUGGCAGAGCAUAUGAUAUAAAUCUUGAAUUAGUGACUUUUUAUUUUUCUGAUUAAUAAACUAUGAAUAAGUGUAUUUAUUAAGCAUUUAUAACACAAAAGUGUUAUAAACUCUAUUUAGCAAGUAUUGCAUGAAAGGCCCUUUUA